GAGAUACGCGCGCGCGCAUUGUAAACAAAUGAGCGAAUAACAAGUCUCAGUGACAAUUGGAUCUCACGCGGAGCGCACGUAAAAAUGGUUGUGAGCAGGAAAGUGAAUGAAGACCUGCAGAAAGAGCGGGACAGGUGCACGUUCAAUGUGCAAGAGUUGACACAUUAUCUGGAUGGAGGGGAGAAGAUUACAAGGUAUCGGAAGGAUUUGGAGAACAAAGUCCUAAACGUCAAAGGGCUAAGAGACGAAGUGCCCGAAGAAUAUCUCAGCCACAAGGAGCGGUAUGAGAACGCGGUGCGGAAAGCGGUCAUCAUGCACCAGGCCCUGGGAAACCUGGACGAAAACAACCUCAACGAGGAGGAGAAAGCCAGGUUAGGCCUCCGCACCACAAUAUCAUCAGCCAUCUUUAAAGAUAACUCUCCCCUGAUGCUCCACUAUUCCAUGUUCACCAACGUCAUCGCCGGACAGGCAGACGACGAACAGCAGAAAUACUGGCUGCCGAAGAUCAGGAACAUGAAAAUCAUCGGGACAUAUGCUCAGACUGAGUUGGGCCACGGGACUUUCAUCCGUGGUCUUGAGACGACGGCCGAGUACGACCCCAAGACUGAAGAGUUCGUCCUGAACAGCCCCAAGUUGACGGCAUACAAGUGGUGGCCCGGAGGAUUGGCGCACACCGCCAACCACUGCGUCGUGAUGGCCCACACAUACAGCCGCGGUAAAAGCUGCGGCAUCCAGCCCUUCAUCGUCCAGAUCCGGGACCUGGACACCCACAUGCCGAUGAAGGGCGUGAAGCUAGGCGAGAUAGGAGCCAAGCUGGGCUUCAACACUGUCAAUAAUGGGUUCCUGGGCUUCGAGAACCAUAGGAUACCUAGGGAUAUGAUGCUGAUGAAGUAUUCUCAGAUGAAGAAGGAUGGCACAUUCGUAUCGGGACCUAGCAGCAAGCUAGUCUACGGAACCAUGGUCUACAUCAGGAUGACCAUCCUGUGCCACAUGGGCAACUGCCUCGGCAAAGCGGUUACGAUCGCCACACGCUAUGCGGCUGUACGGAGACAGUCACAACCUAAGCCUAAUGAACCAGAGCCCCAGAUCCUAGACUACGUGACGCAACAGCACAAGCUGUUCGUUUCCAUAGCGACCAGCCAGGCGUACUACAUGAACUGCUACCGGCUCUGGACCAUCUACAAGAAGGUCAAUAAUGAGCUAGCCACCGGGAACCUGGAGAACUUGGCUGAGCUGCACGCCCUAUCCUGCUGCCUCAAGGCAACGACCACAGCAGACACAUCAAUACUAGUGGAGCGUUGCAGAACGUCAUGUGGAGGUCACGGAUACAUGCUUUCUUCGAAUCUACCGCAGACGUACGCCAAUGUAACUGCUGCCUACACUUACGAGGGGGAGAACACUGUCCUUCACUUGCAGACUGCGAGGGCUUUGAUGAAAGCUGGCACGCAAGUGGUAUCAGGACAGACGGUGAGCCCGUCCAUGGCUUACUUGGCCGACCGCAGUAAAAUUACCAAGUGGGACAACUCCGUCAAAGGAAUCAUCAAGGGAUUCGAGAAAGUCGCUGCCGGGAAAGUGGAGGCGUGCCUAUACAGCAUGCAGAGACACAUAAACGACGGCAAAAGCCAAGAAGAUGCGUGGAAUCUUACGUCGGUGCAGCUUGUUGCUGCUUCCGAGGCUCACUCGCGUGUGAUUCUCCUGUCAGUAUACAAGUCAGAGCUAGAAGCGACCUCCUUCGCUCUCAGCGGGGAAACUAGGACAGUGCUAUACCAACUGUUGGAGCUAUACGCGGUCUACUGGGCGCUGGAGCGGUUAGGCGACCUGUUAUUGGUAUACAAGUCAGAGCUAGAAGCGACCUCCUUCGCUCUCAGCGGAGAAACUAGGACAGUGCUAUACCAACUGUUGGAGCUAUACGCGGUCUACUGGGCGCUGGAGCGGCUCGGCGACUUGCUACUGUAUACCCCCAUAACCGCUACGGACGUGCAAGAGUUGCAGCACCGGUACGAGACACUGCUGGGGAAGAUCAGACCCAAUGCCGUGGGGCUGGUAGACGCUUUCGACUUCAGAGACGAGGUCCUCAACUCAGCACUGGGCGCGUACGACGGGCGCGUGUACGAGCGCCUCAUGGAGGAGGCCCUCAAGAGCCCGCUCAACGCCGAACCGGUCAACCAGAGCUUCCACAAAUACCUGAAGCCCCUUAUGCAAGGAAAACUGGUACCUCAUAAACUAUAGACCGUUUAUAUAAGUUCUACUUAAAAAAUAAACCUUAAAACAUUAAAUAAUAAUACUUACAAAGCUAACUUACGCACUGUCAAUAAAUUAAAUAUUGAUAGGUAAGUAAUAGCAAAGAUAUAUAUAAUAGUUAUUUGUACAACAAGAGAUCAAAGUUUGAUAUUUCUUCGAGUGCUUAUUUUGAGUCCCGUGCAAGCGAAAGAUUCUAUAAUAGAUCGAGAGAGAAUCUAAUUUAGAAUCUUGAGCGUAGUAAGGGAUUCAAAAGCGCACGAGAUGUAAAUAACUUUGAUCUCGUGUAGUACACAAAAUUUUUCACCCUAAGCAGUGAGAACAUACCUAGAGGGACAGAGAUAAUAGAACCCAAGUAUAUCGAACUUGUAUUAGACCCCGCAUGUUGAAAUUACAUUUGACUAUAAAGGUCACUUGAAUUACAUUGACAAAAUGACUCAGUGAGCAAAAUCGCAUAUUGUUCACUGUUUUUAAGAAGCAAAGUACAUUUGUUCGAGCUGCUGAGGUGAAAAAUACAUUUCAUAUUUUAAAUGUGAUAAAAUUUAAUUGAUAUCACCAUGGUGAUGGAAAUUGGCUAAAGAAAGGUUGUGCUUUAGAACUUUUAUAAGUUUUAGUAUUGAAAAUUGAAAAUUAAUCUUCAGAUAAUUUGAUGGCAUUUUUAUACAUACUUAUAGUAUGUAAUAUUCAGAAACGAAUACCUACUUACUGUUUGUAUUCUCUGAAAGGUGAAUACAUUCUCAUCCUUUUCCUUGGGAUAAUAUCCCUAUUGUUAGGAAUAAAUGAUUAGGUAUGGACUACAUAUUAAGU